UGUUCUUCCUACAGAGUGUUUGGUGUAACAGUUCUCAUCUCCAGCGUCCUUCAGAUCUUGCUGCCCAUUGCAUCGGAACUUUUAUGGCUGAUAUUUAUCUUUAGGUUUCUUCAAGGAGCAGUCGAGGUAUAAAAUACAUGGCUUUUAUUUGUCUUUUGAGUUAUUCAAGGAGCAGUUAACGUAAAAUUUUGAUUUUCGUUUUGAUUGAACACAGAAUAGAAUCUAGAUCCAAUUUGACUUAGGUUUCUGUUUGUUGCGGUUAUUGCUUGAUUUCGAAUCAUGUAAAUACCGAAACCAAUCACGUUAUAAAAAAGUUUUGAAGAUUUGGGAACUAUUUUUUUAAAUCUUUAACCAAGCACACAAAAUAAGGUGGGUAGGGGGUGGGUGGGUGGGCAGAGGCGUAGCUGAGGGGGGGGGGAGAUGCCGCUGUGCACCAGGCUAAUGCGGGCGCCACAAUGCGCUUUGAUGGUGUUUUAUAGAUUUAAAUGAUGGGUUUCAGAGUUGAAGGGUGCGUACAAAUGUAAAAAUGAAUCACGUCCCGGGCCCCAAAAACUCUAGCUACGCUACUGGGAAAGGGGGUGGGUAAAUCGUUUUCAGAUGUCCAGUUGGGGUGUGGGGUCAAAAAGGUGGAGAAACACUGGGCAGUAGAGCAAGGUAACGGGGCUGCAUAAAUGAGUCAUAAUUCCAUGUUGUCUCUUGCCAGGCAAUAACAGUACCUUCCAUGAAUGCAGUUAUAUCUGCCUGGGCACCAAAGACCGAGCGCGCAAGGCUGAUUAACAUUGCAUACGCUGGUAAGUAACUGAGAUAUGCUGGUAAGUAACUGAUAUAUGCUGGUAAGUAAGUGAGAUAUGCAGGUAAGUAACUAAGAUACGCUGCUAAGUAACUGAGAUAUGCUGGUAAGCAACUGAGAUACGCUGCUAAAUAACUGAUAUAUGCUAGUAAGUAACUGAGAUAUGCUGGUAAGUAACUGAGAUAUGCUAGUAAGUAACUGAGAUAUGCUGGUAGGUAACUGAGAUACGCUGCUAAAUAACUGAGAUGUGCUGGUAUGUUACAUCUCACUGAAUGAAAGGCUAAAAUAAUUUAAUAAAUAUGUAGCAGUAAAUGGAAAGAUUAUUCUACUACAAUGCUUAAAAAGUUAUUUAAAACCAUUUGAACUUUAACCCUUUUGAUUGUUCAAUUAUUGACCUAUAACAGAGAGGCAGGCAUGUAAAAGUUGUUUCAUUGUUGAUUGUUUGAUUUUCUUUCAUUUCAGGCGUGUACUUGAGUCCGGCACUGGCCAACUUCUCCACUGGUGCAAGUGUUUGUUAUGUCAGCUGGGACAGUAUUAUGUACAUCUAUGGUAAUACUGCUUUACAUUGCCUUCUUUUUAUCAACUAUUGACGACAAAAGGAGAAUAUUGAAAAUACGGUUGCCCACUACAUGAAUUCAGCAUUCGAAUUGGGGAUUGAAUUCGCUGUUGAAAGAAGAGCUAUAACUCUAUUUAAUGAUUUCCUCUUUCAUUGUGUAGACUUUGUUUGUGUAGACUUUGUUUGUGUAGAUUUUGUUUGUGUAGAGUUUGUUUGUGUAGACUUUGUUUGUGUAGACUUUGGUUGUGUAGACUUUGUGUAGACUUUGUUUGUGUAGACUUUGUUUCUGUAGACUUUGUUUGUGUAGACUUUGCUUGUGUAGAGUUUGUUUGUGUAGAGUUUGUUUGUGUAGACUUUGUUUGUGUAGACUUUGCUUGUGUAGACUUUGCCGAUUGGUUGUCUUAAAGUCUAACAUGUCAUUCAUUUAAUACACUUGAAUCGUUAAGCACCACUCUAGCCACUCACAUCUUCUAUACCGCGUUAAUAGGGUAAAGCAGAAAAACAGAUGCUGAUAUGCCUUGAAACUAGCAUGUUCAAACCUGAUAUGGUCCAGCGAUGAUAUUAUAUUAUAUCAUAAGACUAGAAUGACACAGGCGCCCGCAUGCAUUGAAAUGAAUAUGUUGAAACUUGAUAUUUUGGUCUAGUAAUGAUAUCCUAUUAUAAUGUAUAUUAUAGACUAGAGUGACACAGGCGCUCAUAUGUCUUGAAACGAGUAUGUUCACAUAUCCUAACUCCCUACUUAAUCUGCACCGGGUGGUGUUGGUGUACUGUGGAGUGUUGCAACUUCUCACAUAUCCUAACUCCUCACUUAUCCUGCUCCAGGUGGUGUUGGUGUACUGUGGAGUGUUGCAACUUCUCACAUAUCCUAACUCCUCACUUAUCCUGCUCCAGGUGGUGUUGGUGUACUGUGGAGUGUUGCAACUUCUCACAUAUCCUAACUCCUCACUUAUCCUGCUCCAGGUGGUGUUGGUGUACUGUGGAGUGUUGCAACUUCUCACAUAUCCUAACUCCUCACUUAUCCUGCUCCAGGUGGUGUUGGUGUACUGUGGAGUGUUGCAACUUCUCACAUAUCCUAACUCCUCACUUAUUCUGCUCCAGGUGGUGUUGGUGCACUGUGGAGUGUGGCGUUUCUCCUGUUUGUCUUCCCGUCACCG